GGCACCGAGUCACCUGGCACGACAGCGGGCACAGAGUCAUCUGGCACGACAGCGGGCACCGAGUCACCAAGCUCGACAGCGGGCACCGAGUCACCAAGCUCGACAGCGGGCACCGAGUCACCAAGCUCGACAGCGGGCAUCGGUCACCAAGCUCGACAGCGGGCACCGAGUCACCAAGCUCGACAGCGAGUACCGAGUCACCAGGCACGACAGCGGGCACCGGGUCAUCUGGCACGACAGCGGGCACCGGGUCAUCUGGCACGACAGCGGGCACCGGGUCAUCUGGCACGACAGCGGGCACGGGUCAUCUGGCACGACAGCGGGCACCGAGUCAUCUGGCACGACAGCGGGCACCGAGUCAUCUGGCACGACAGCGGGCACCGAGUCAUCUGGCACGACAGCAGGCACCGAGUCACCAAGCUCGACAGCAGGCACCGAGUCACCAAGCUCGACAGCAGGCACCGAGUCAUCUGGCACGACAGUGGGCACCGAGUCAUCUGGCACGACAGUGGGCACCGAGUCAUCUGGCAAGACAGCGGGCACCGAGUCACCAAGCUCGACAGCGGGCACCGAGUCACCAAGCUCGACAGUGGGCACCGAGUCAUCUGGCUGGAUCAGCAGGCACCAGAUCAUCAAGCUGGACAGGAUCAUCAGGCUGGAUCGGGU